CGUCGCAAAAAUUUCAUAUUUCAAUAGAAGGUGCUUAUAGACACAACUCCAGAUCUAUCUACCGCAAUUUCAAUAAUUCAUUGUAAAAAAAUUUCGCUCGAAAGAAUGUCAAUGGCUUUGAGAUCAUCAAAAUUAAUUGUACCACGUCUUCUUGGUGUACGUGCAAUGUCAGGUCCAGCUGGCGAUGGAAAAGCCGGAGCUAUUCGUGAGGCUGGCGGUGCUUUCGGUAAAAUGGAAGUUGCUCGUGAAGCAGAAUAUUUCUACAAGAAGCAACAAGAACAACUUAAAAAAUUGAAGGCCGACCAAAUCUCUCAAGCUGAUUUCCAUCAAAAGCAAAUCGAAGAACAUGAACAAGCAUUGCAACGUCACAAGGAAGCUCUUGCCAGCAUUAAAAAAUAGAUCCAUUUAGAAUUUUCCACUGCAAACAAAUCUAUUUUUUGGCUGAUGUUCGAUUUUGUGGCUGAAAGCCACCAUAAACAUUUUUUUUUCGUUGAUUAGCAUUCACUACGUUCAAAUGAAUUAUAAAUUCCGUUGAACAGUAAAUAAA